AUGCCCUUCAAGUUCGUCUCCGAAGAAGGUCGGGCCUUAAUCAAGAAGAUACUCCAGGACACUGUGGCGAUUGAGCCCCAUGACCACCAACUUGAAGCCCUCUCGUACGCGCUCGACCGCGUGAGUGUCCUGUCAGUCACGUACACCGGCAGCGGAAAAUCGGGGUAUAUCUAUAUGCUUGCGAUAAUCCUCGGUGCGCUACGUGCCAAUCCCGCGCUCUGUCCUCAGGCCGAUGUGCCGCGAGACCCGGUUAUUGUGGUCAUAUGUCCCACCAUCGCGUUAGAGGAGGAUCUGGAGAAGAAGCUGAAGAAGUACAACAUCGAUUGCUUCCUUCUCAACAAGAGUCGGAAGGAGGAGUUGCAGACAAAGGGCCGUGAUAUAUUCACGGAGGCGGCCGAUGUGUGCCACCGAGUCCUGCUGAUGACCCCGGAGAUGCUGGUGUCAACGGGUGUCCGUCGCGGACUGCUGGACAGGCAGGACUUCAAGCGCCGCCAAGCUGCGCUCAUGGUGGAUGAAGCACACCUGCUAGAUGCGUGGGGUCAGAAGUUCCGCACUGAAUACAAGCAGAUCGGACACGUACGGCAGCUAUUUGCCGAGCGGGUCCCGCUUCUGGCCUUCACAGCAACGCUGCGCAAGGGCGAGCCAGGCGCAUCGCCUCAGACCGACGUCUGUCGCUUCCUCGGGCUUCAUGCGGGCGAGUUCCACGCGAUAAAACGCUCGAACGCGCGUUACGAAACGAAGGUCAUCGUCCGACCCUUCCGCCACAACGAACAGAGCACGUCCUUCCCCGAUCUCGACUGGAUUGUUGAUACUCCUGGCAAGGUCCUCGUCUUCUGUAAAAGCAUCAAGAUGGGAAGCAAAAUUGCGGACUACUUACUGUCGAGAUGGCCCAACCCUUCCCAUACGAACCGCCCCCACACGUACAACCGUCUGCAUAGCGAUGGGUUCAACACAGAAACCAUCCGCCUCGUCAUCUCCUCGUCGAAAAUCGUCGUGAUAACCACAGACGCGCUCUCAGUCGGGAUAGAUGUGUCAGAUAUCGACACGGUUGUCGUCCUCGAUCCCGUCGACAUAGACGACGCUUGGCAGAAGGGUGGGCGGGCUGGCAGGAAUCUUCGCCUCGUCCCACACCCGCGGUUGAUUCUUUACGUGCCAGCCAAGGUCUUCUCUGCACCCGAGGCGGUCAUAGCGGCGGUGCACGCACAGAAAUCUCAAGAUCGGAAGGAUGGGAGGCCGCCUGAUACAUCAAUCCCCCGCCUCGUUCUAGCUGCGUGCAAGGUGAAGGAAAUCGACGCACAGUACGAAAAUGAUCCCGAGGAGGCGCCGUGUGGCUGUCGCAGCUGCCAAACCCAUCCGCGCGCUCGAUUCCCCUCACCGUGCACCUGCAGCGGUUGUGUCACCGAGCCCACACAACAGUUGGACUCGCCAGCCCCGAAGACGACGAAUCCGGGGGCAGACGUGCCGCCUACCAAGAAGCUCACGCCGGCCAUGCGUGUGUACGUCGCUCGUCGUCUUACCGAGUGGCGGAAGGAGAUUUUGGGGUGCAUACCUGCUGAGGAGGACGCAUCAGAGGCGACGAUACUAUCCGACUAUCGGAUCGAACAGAUUACCCCGCUUCUGGCGACCUCAUUGGACUGCGAUGCCGUGUCGUCUCUAUGGGAUGCGUACCGAGCAGGAAAAGUUGAUGAACAGGCACUGCGUGACGCACCGGCCCUUGCUCCCAUCAUCAAAGGUGCGAGAUGGCUCCGGCAGUUCUGCACUUCCCUCUUGGGCAGGCUGCGUGCCAUUCAUCUGGAGUUGGAGGAUAUGCGGGCCCGGGAUAAAGUGCAGAAGGCAGCGAGGGAGCGUGAGCGCAGGCAGGAGAAGAGGCGGAAGGAUGUCUUCGAAGCAAGUCAAGCCGCACUUGCCACGGAUCUGUCGUUAAGGCCAUUUACGUUGACAGCGGAGGAGGUUGAGGCUUUCGAACGAUCACUGACUCCGGUCUAUGCGCCGGAGUUCUUCGAAGGGGACUUGAGCCUCUGGUACUGA